AUGGUGAUCCCAGACCAAAAAGAGGGCCCCCUUUUCUUGCCCGAUCUUUUCCCUUCGUUGUUCGGCACUCGACACCAAAAUCAUCAGCCCCUUCUCGACUCUCCCUAUCCCCAUUCCCAUUUUCUUUUCCUUACCCCGGGCCCGCCCGACUCACUUUCCAUCGACCUCCCCUCGAUUUCUCGACCCCGAAUUUGUGUCGCCAACACGAAAGACUCGAAUUCGGACGGACACCCGUGUAGCAUUGCACAUCACGAAUCCUCCCUUGCCGUCUCGAGCAACGAUACGACGUGCGACUCGACCGAAACGUUAAAACUACACGCACUCCAAAACCCGUGGACUGCACUGCGGAACUUCGACUCGGGCGACGAAGGCGGUUCACGACACGGUACAAGAGGCAAGAAGUGCCCCGGCCUGUGGAAGGAAACUUUGAACGGUGUUGACUGCAUUCUGAACGACCCGACCGCUUUGCCCCUCGCUGCAAAUCCGUGUCACAUCCGCGGUUUCUCGUCUCACCUUUUCUCCCACUCCCAUCUCACUCUCAUUCACCCUUUUUUUAUCUUUGUUGUUGUACAUUCUGCCAACUUGGUAUUCAAACCGCAACCGCAGAUUCGACAUCUCUCGAUUCCUGCUAACCUUACUCCGAUUUCCAGGACCAUGUCCCUUCCCGAAAGACCUGGGGCGAGCCCGUCGUACGAUCGAAAUGGAUACCGACAAUCACCUUCGCGACGUAACCGCCCGGUAGACAUUGAGACGGGAGGAUACUUCCCCGCAGAGGUUCCUCCUUCUCAUCAUCAACGUGGGCAAUCUGCGACUUCCUUCGCCGAAACGAUCGCCUCUCCUAAUGGUAACUCAGAGAACAUGCCUCUAUCCCCCACCGGCGAACCCCAGCCUUCCACCGACGCUCAGCCCUUCCAGCGGAAGAGAAGCCUCAUCAGGCCGGAGCGAAAUCGCAUCGACAAGGAUCAUCCGAAUUACUACUACAGGAAACAUGCCGCCAAAAUGAACACCGUCCCUUCGUCCACUGGAAACGACCCCAUCGUUGAGGAUAUCGAGGCGACCACCGACGUGUCGGGGGGUAGCCGAACCCAUACUUUCGAUGACCACUCGGACGUAUCCCCGCCGCGGCGCAGAAGGCAUAACAGCGCCGACCAGGAGAAGCACCCCCGCACUACGGCCAAGCGAAUGUCUCGCCAAAAAUCGAGCAAAAUCAUCAAGUCGAAGAAGCGGGCUCAGACUCCGGAGGAACAGAUUCGACCUCCCAGCUUCUGGAACGUCUACUGUGCCGUCGUCACCUUCUGGUGCCCCGAUUUCCUCCUAACAUGCUGCGGGAAACGUGCCAAGGCCGAACAGCGGGCGUGGAGGGAGAAGAUGGGUCUAAUCAGCAUUAUCCUCUUGAUCAUGGGUUUCGUGGGUUUCAUCACCUUCGGUUUCACUGCGGUGGUGUGCAGUGCUCCCCCGAUGCGAAUGAGGGUCAACGAAGUGACGGACGGCUACAUGAUCUUCCACGGCGUGGCCUACGACCUGACCAGGUCCCGCCACCCGCCUGCCGAUGGCAUACCUGCGAUUAACCGUAACACUGGCGCCAACCUCCUUUUCGACCUGCCGAACAUGGAUAACCGGGGCAAGGAUGGCAGCUUCCUGUUUCAGAACGUCAACGGCCGAUGCAAAGGUCUCAUCGACCUCGCCGAGGGGUCCGACGUGCCCUCCAACGACGAUGGCGACCUCGCCUGGUAUUUCCCCUGCAACGUCUUCAACCAGGACGGCUCGACCCAACCGAACCUGACGAUUCCGUACUAUCUCGGAUACGCCUGCCACACCACAAGCAACGCCCGCGACGCCUUUUACCUGAACAUGCGGAAAUCCGCCGACGUCUACUUCACCUGGGAGGAUGUGAGAAACAGCUCUCGCAAUCUGAUUGUGUACUCGGGCAGCGUGCUUGAUCUGAACCUGCUGAACUGGUUCAACUCGAGUCAGGUGACCAUCCCUGAUCGCUUCAGGGAGCUUCGGGACACAAACUCCCCGGUGAACCAGGCCAUCCGAGGCCGUGAUGUCACCCGUUCGUUCCAAUCCUCCGGCGAUAAGCAGAUUGCCGAAUGUUUCGAGGAGAUCAUCAGGGUCGGGUCUGUCGAUACGGACACCGUUGGCUGCAUUGCGUCGAGGGUUGUGCUCUACGUCUUCCUAGCUCUCAUUCUGUCCGUCGUCGUAUCUCGCUUCGUCUUGGCCCUCAUUUUCCAAUGGUUCAUCAGCCGCAACUACGCUGCCGCCAAGACGUCUCAGUCCAGCGACAAGCGGAAGCGGAACCAACAGAUCGAGGAUUGGUCCAACGACAUUUAUCAGCCGCCUCCAAGGAUCACCGGCGACAUCGGCAGCAGUGUCGGCGGCUCGGAUCGCAGCAGCAGCAAGCGUGGAAGCUCGUUUCUGCCUACGACAUCUCGCUUCUCUGCCGUCUACGGUGCCGAACGGAUCAGUCCUUCGGCCAAGCGCGUGCCAACUACCAUGUCGAGCUCUGGUGGUGGGAGCCAGCUCCUCCACCCCAACUCGAUGUAUCGCCAGGGUAACGACAGCCGGAGCAGCUUCCUUCGUUCGGACCCUUACGCCAGCAACGUCAGCCCCAGCGAUGGACCUGGUCCGGCUGGGUUCAUCCACGAGGCCGUGGUCCCUCAGCCACCGGCGGACUGGAUGCCCCACGGUUUCCCGCUCGCCCACGCCAUCUGCCUCGUCACGGCCUACUCCGAGGGAGAACUUGGUAUCCGCACGACACUCGACUCGAUCGCCAUGACCGACUACCCCAACAGCCACAAGGUGAUCGUCGUUAUCUGCGACGGUAUCAUCAAGGGUAAGGGCGAGAAGGCGUCCACGCCGGACUAUGUCUUGGGUAUGAUGAAAGACCAGACUGUGCCCCCCGAGGAAGUACAGCCUUUCUCGUAUGUUGCGGUGGCCAGCGGUUCGAAGCGGCACAACAUGGCGAAGAUCUACGCUGGAUUCUACGACUAUGGGGCCAAGUCUGCGAUUCCGGUCGAUAAACAGCAGCGCGUUCCCAUGUUGACCGUGGUCAAGUGCGGUACCCCCGACGAGGCUCACAAAUCGAAACCCGGCAACCGCGGCAAGCGUGACAGUCAGAUCAUCCUCAUGUCGUUCCUCCAGAAGGUCAUGUUUGAUGAGCGUAUGACGGAGCUCGAGUUCGAAAUGUUCAACGGACUCUGGAAGGUGACAGGGAUAUCGCCGGACUUCUAUGAAACGGUUCUCAUGGUCGACGCCGACACCAAGGUCUUCCCCGACAGCUUGACCCACAUGAUGUCGGCUAUGGUCAAGGAUCCCGAGAUCAUGGGGCUCUGCGGCGAGACCAAGAUCGCCAACAAGCGAGACAGCUGGGUCUCGGCUAUCCAGGUGUUCGAGUACUUCAUCUCGCAUCACCUGGCCAAGUCGUUCGAGUCCGUUUUUGGCGGUGUCACCUGUCUGCCCGGCUGUUUCUGCAUGUAUCGGAUCAAGGCGCCGAAGGGGGCGCAGAACUACUGGGUACCCAUCCUGGCCAACCCGGACGUGGUGGAGCACUACUCGGAAAAUGUGGUCGACACGCUCCACAAGAAGAACCUGCUGCUGCUCGGUGAGGAUCGGUUCCUGAGUACACUGAUGCUGAAAACAUUCCCCAAGCGGAAGCAAGUGUUCGUCCCGCAGGCCGUCUGCAAGACCACCGUCCCCGACACAUUCAUGGUCUUGUUGUCCCAGCGUCGACGAUGGAUCAACUCUACUAUUCACAAUCUCAUGGAGCUGGUGCUCGUUCGAGAUCUGUGCGGUACUUUCUGCUUCAGCAUGCAGUUUAUCGUUUUCAUCGAGUUGAUGGGCACAUUGGUCCUUCCAGCUGCCAUUGCAUUCACUUUCUAUAUUGUCAUUAUUUCGAUCAUCAACUCACCACCCCAAAUCAUCCCACUCAUUCUUUUGGCGCUCAUUCUCGGUCUCCCGGCGGUGCUGAUCGUGGUGACGGCGCACUCGUGGUCCUACCUCGUCUGGAUGCUCAUCUACCUCGUCUCCCUCCCGAUUUGGAACUUUGUCCUGCCGACGUAUGCCUUUUGGAAGUUUGACGACUUCUCGUGGGGCGAUACUCGAAAGACGGCGGGCGAGGCGUCGAAGAAGGGAGGGCACGAGGCCGAGGGCGAGUUCGACAGCAGCAAGAUCACGAUGAAGCGCUGGGCCGAGUUUGAAAGGGACCGGCGCACGAAGAACAACUACUGGGGCUCCAAGGAGAACGUAGUGGGCGGGGGGAGAAGCUGGUCGAUGCAUCAGCCGCAGGGCCAACAACGGGGUCCGCUUCAGGGAAGUGUAAUCAGGUUCUGGACGUCGGGAUUUCGCGACGGCCGCGGCAUGUUCAUGGCUGCUGGUGUUCUUUUUCUGUGCAUGGCUUGUGUUGACUUUGGGGUCUCGAAUCAUGUCACCUUGAGCAGCCGGGAAAUGGUAAUUGGGAGCGACGGCGGGGUUCAUCGGCGUGGGUCGCCUCUGGGUCUCUACCCCGAAGGGAAAGACAAAGCGAGAAAGAGCGGCAUCGGCAGUUGUGUCCGGAGCACGGGGACAUGGAUCAUCGUAUGGCUGACAGCCACCGACAGCUACCUAGCGCUGGUGGGGCGACCCGUCUCUUUCGUCUACCUCCGUACCGUGCCUUACUCUCCCAACAACCACCACUACCACCACCGACACAUCGCUCGAUCAGGAUCUAGGGGCUCGGACAAGCAUCAACAACGCUUCAGUGCCCCGAUCACCAGCUCCGAGUUGCUUUACGAAGAUCGCACCUGGCAGCCUUCAGGUUACCAAUUAAUUCAUUGUGCCCUGAUUUAUCAGCCCCUGUGGUUCAAAUUUCGCGGUCCCAGCCGUCACGUCACCCGACCGACCGACAACCCUCGUUUGAUUGCGACACCAUCUCGGCCGAUUCAACAACCUUACAACCUCGCUUUCGCCGUUUUCAAAAUUCCACAAAAUCUGGUCGACCCAUCACCCAAGUUUUUGGGUUUUCUUACCGUGCCACCGGUCCCUUCAUGCCCACCAAACACCCGAUAUUACACCACCUUGGCCAACUACCACGAUCGUCUGAACCGACAUUCGACCUGUGCUUCUACCGCUUCUACCUCCUCCCCCACGUCCGUUCCUCAAAAAGCACGCGGCGAACGUCUCGUUUGGACGACGACUACUGAAACGACAACGAACGGUGACGGCAGCGACGGCAGCGACGACAGCGACGGCAGCGACGACAGCGACGACAGCGACGACAGCAAGGACAACGGCCCACAUCAAACCACCCUGCCGACGCAGUAG